CAGCGGCAGCAGCAGCACACCGGGGCUGAGGAGGAGUGGGUGACGAAGAGCUAUCACCACCACCAGGAAAAAAAAAAUAUCAGGAUCAGAAAAUGCACGGACUAUAAGGCUUCAUUUGACUGUCAUUCGGAGCUUUUUGGGUUUUUUUCCUCUGGGUUUGGGUGCCGGUGAAGUGAAUCGGAGAGCACUAGCUGAACAUAAUGAAGGUCCUCUGUCAGGCUCAGCUUUCUCAUUUUUAACCAGUUGGCUGCAAUUCCAGGGAUGCUAGUUGAGCUAACGGAGCUAGCUCACAAUUAGCCUUCCCAUUUAGCCACACUGGUCACUCGUCGCCUUCCUUCCUUCUGCAAGACAUAAAUACUGCUUUUUUUUUGUUUGUUGCGCAAUUCAAAUCGAUAGUUUCUUUCAGAUCGUUUAAAAAAAAAAAAAAAAAAAAAAAGGAUCCUUGUUGGUUGUAGGUUCAGAGGCAUUGGGUCAGCUUGUUUGUGCUCAGUACAUGGACAGUUUGACGGGCGCUCGUCGUCACUGCGCGGGCGUACAGUGCUGCUGGUUUCGGGGCGGCUAAGCUCAGACUCGGCCGGGCGAACCAGCAGAGAGCGAUCACACACACACACACACACACACACUAUGUGGCAGUGGCAGCUAGUUGUGUCCCACUGUCUCUGGGACCGAAGUUGGUAGUUAAAAAAAAAAAAAAUCCCUCAAGAGCGACAGGUUUCCGGGGCUACUUGGCCGUGGGUUUUGAAAGUGUUGUCACAGUGGACAUCCAUCAACUUGUCGCGUUAGCCUCGUUUUAGCUUCUAAAGCUAUUCCUGCGAAGGCAUCGUUUCCCAGCUAGUUUGAGCUUCUUUUUUUUUUUUCUUUUUUUUUUUAAACGAGAGAUGCAUGAAUUAAAAUGGUAACCUCCAUGUCGGACUGACACACCAGCUGUUUGCGGAUAUAAUGCAUUGCAAAUUAUCCAUGUUCAGCUGCCAUUCGCUGUAGGACUUGCACAGGACUUUGAACAAGCUGUCAAAUAUUCUAUAGGCUACUUUGGCAGUCAGUCUUCACCAUCUGCAAAGAAGGCCAGAUCCUGCACCAAGCAAGCAAGUCCAUCAAGGUCGAUUAUCUUGAUACUGCACUUUGAAAACGGACUCUUUUAUUUAUUUGAUACUUUGAGAGAGGUGUAGACUAACUCCCACUUGUCAGACGGGCUUUUCAGCUCAUGCGGUGAUGACUUUAGACUCCAUGAUGGCUUGUUGCCUGAGCGAGGAGGCGAAGGAGUCCAAACGCAUCAACUCUGAGAUCGAGAAACAACUCCGGAGAGACAAGAGAGAUGCAAGACGAGAACUGAAGCUUCUGCUGCUUGGUACUGGAGAAAGUGGCAAGAGCACCUUCAUCAAACAGAUGAGAAUAAUCCAUGGAUCGGGCUACACAGAUGAGGAUAAGAAGGGCUUCACCAAGCUGGUCUACCAGAACAUCUUCACCUCAAUGCAGGCCAUGAUUCGCGCAACUGAGAACCUCAAUAUCCCGUACAAGUACGAACAGAACAAGAAUAACGCCCAGGUGGUGCGUGAGGUGGAUGUGGAGAAGAUAUCAUCAUUCGAUCAGCCGUACAUUAGUGCGAUAAAGAUGCUCUGGACUGACCCUGGCAUACAGGAGGCCUAUGAUCGCAGGAGAGAGUACCAACUCUCUGACUCAACCAAAUAUUACCUUAACGAUUUAGAACGAAUAUCAACGAGCGGGUACGUACCCACUCAGCAAGAUGUGCUGCGAGUCCGAGUGCCCACCACCGGCAUCAUUGAGUACCCAUUUGACCUGGAGAAUAUAAUCUUCAGGAUGGUGGAUGUGGGGGGUCAGAGGUCAGAGAGGAGGAAGUGGAUUCACUGCUUUGAGAAUGUCACCUCCAUCAUGUUUCUGGUGGCGCUCAGCGAGUACGACCAAGUCCUGGUGGAGUCAGACAACGAGAAUCGUAUGGAGGAGAGUAAAGCUCUGUUCAGGACCAUCAUCACAUAUCCCUGGUUCCAAAACUCCUCUGUAAUCCUCUUCCUCAACAAGAAGGACCUGCUUGAGGAGAAGAUCAUGUAUUCUCACCUGGUGGAUUAUUUCCCAGAGUUUGACGGUCCCCAACGGGACGCCCAAGCGGGUCGGGAGUUCAUUUUGAAGAUGUUCGUGGACUUGAACCCUGACAGUGACAAGAUCAUCUACUCCCAUUUCACGUGCGCCACCGACACGGAGAACAUCCGCUUCGUCUUCGCCGCCGUCAAAGACACCAUCCUGCAGCUCAACCUCAAAGAGUACAACCUGGUGUGAAGAGAGAAAUACAAAGAGAGGAGGAGAGAGAGAGCAAGAAGAGACCUGCAGUCCCAAACACACAAUGCAGUCCACUUCUAGAAAACCCCCACACAUGUGCAUGAAACUUAGUGCUGCUCAUUAAGUGUUGCUUCAUACUUUACAAGAAAACACUAUCCACGCUUUGUCCCUGCUUUCCACUUCGCUCCUUCUUUAUCGGUUUUCUCAUUUUCUAAAAAAAAAAAAAAAAAAAAAAAAAAAAUGGUGACCUCUUUGUGAUUUUUAAUUUUUGCUCCUCUUGUAUAAAAACACACACGCAAAACACACUUGACUACGAAAACACUCCUUGCAUUUGUCCCCCCUCUCUUUGGGGUUUUGGGUCUGCUCCUCUUGGUUCCCAUGUGACCUGAGGCAUGGAUCAUAUGUUCCCUUUCCAGUACACCACAUUAUCAGCAGUGCUUUGUGUGUUUGAGGUGGGUCGAGGGCCUUCUCUGGGAAGACUAAACUUUCAUGGACAACGUGCUCUCUACCCUCCUUCUUAUUUAACCUGUGCAUUCUAAACACUACAGCAUGAGACCACGAGGCCGGGCUGCAGACCCUGGACUCUGCUCAUGUGCAAAGGGUAACUAAUUAUGAUGAUAGGUAUAUAUAUAUUAUCAGGCAGUGUUGGAAUACAGAGUGGUACUUGGUUCCCCUGGGUCUUGAAUUGUUUAUUUGAUUUAGUUUGUUUGUUAAUCUCACCCCCCAAAAUCAGAGCACAGAAGCUCUGUUGAAUGUAAAUAAAGUUUUCAUGCUUCUCACACAGAGUGAGGGCUACACAGAGACCACUACAUGUUCUCUGUAGACUUUCAAGAUUUUCUUCUCUUCUUGCUUCUAAACGGAUCCUUCUUUUCCUCCAGUUACGAUUGAAGAUGAUUACUAAUGGAAUGCCAACUCCAGAGAGAGUCGCAGUAUGAUGAUCCAUUCACAUUGCCCCUUUUGUUAAAAGUGCGUCCUAAAAAAUCAACACUACCAGUUUUGACCUACUAUAUGUCAACUCCCCAGUCAUUUUGGACAACAUUGCCAAAUUAAAAAACAUCUCCUUUGUGUCUGUUAUUAUAACAAUGUUUGCCAGUAUCCAGUUCAUCCCUUAUGUGGCUCAGAUCAUUACAAAGUAUUUCUAAAAACUGGCUUGCCAAAAUCAAGCGCAAGAUCUUUCUCGCGUUGGAUCAUUCAGAUGUCGAUGGCGUGACUGCUCGACCUGUGUGGCAUUUAUUCAUCUCGACUGACAUCUGAAUCCCACGUGUUCGUACUGUGAUCUGUUUUCUUUGCUUUUUGAUGGUGAGAGUAAUCUUCCUGUGCACAACGUGCGAAUGAUGACACCAGAUGAGUAUGGUGCAAUAGUCAGCUGUAGAUGAAACGAAGCUUUUACGCUGUCUGUUAGCCUGAAGUCAUGAAGUUGGUCUUGAUCAUUGAUAUGGCUUCUCUCUGUAUCAACGUCAUUUUGCCAUGUUAUGUGGCCAACAUUCGAUAAACUGUAAUGAAUAGCGAGAGAGUAAAUAUUUCUUUUUUUUUUUUGUAUGUCUUAUUUAUCAAUCAGAUCUACGUAUUGUUGAGACAUUAAUGAGACUUCCUCUCUAGUUUUAGCUUCAAGUUUUUCCAACUGAGGAAACAGGAGGAGAUUUUAUACUGCUGUAAAAUAUCACAACUAUUUUAUGGACAGUGUGUUCUAUCUUUCUAAUGAUACUUCAUAUAUUUAGUUGUGCAGUUCUGUUUUGAAAUGCUUGACGAUGGAAGGUGCAGUUCCCAUGUCAGGUUUUGUGCUUUAUGCAAACAGGAAAAUGAAAACGAGACAAAAAACUUAGUGGUUGAAUAUUUACUGUUCACGGAUGCUUGCAUUUUUUUGUAAUUCUUGAGGAUAUGUGUUGGCUAUUGGUACCAAUCCCAUAUCGUGUGUCUUGCCUGAUAGUUGUUUAAAUAUUCCAUUAAGCUGAGAGUUAAUAGAUGGCUAUUUUUGUCUUCACAAUGUAAUUCAGGUAAGUUUUUGUCAUAACUUUUACAUCACAAGGGCUACUACUAGCAGCUUUGGUAAAAAUGAAAGGUCUCUGUGGACAACAUGGAGCAAAAGGUGCAAUUAAUUAACAAGGGUGGGUGUGCUAUGAAUCAGAAUGUGUUGACAUCCAGUUGAGGGGAAUGGUUGCAGGUUCAGUGAGGGAGGAAUGCAGCAGUCCACAGAUGCAGCCUACAUGACAUUUCCUGACUGGGGGAAGUCUGGUGGCUCUUUGUUCUCUUUUUCUUUUUGCCUUCAGAGGAGGAGAAUGGCUCACAUCAAAAGACGUUAUGUUCACUUAACCAUCCCGCUAUGAAUCCGUGCCGACUUUCUUGACUUUACAAUAUUUCCCUCUAUGGGUUGUGUGUAUUCGGCUUCUUUUUCUCAUUGCUAGUUAUUUUCAUGUUUGACUGUUUUGGAGUCAGAAAAGGGCAGUGCUUGGGAAAUUCUAUAGUUUUGUGCAAAUCAAUCAUUCCAGCACAAUGAGCUGGAAGGAUCAAAUAAAACCUAAAAGAAAUAACAGAAUAUGGUUAAACUAAAAUGUUUGAGAGAAGAAGAUAUGCCUGCUCACUCGCUCAAAUUUAAACUAACUAACUACCCCCUUGGAUUUUUAACUGAAACGUUUUUUUGUGUGACAGCUCAAAGAUUUGUUGGUUUUUCUUGCCCUGUGUGUUGUUCUUAAGUCUCAUGACUACGAUGAGAAAAAUCUAAAGGAACACAUACUCAUGUGUUUAAGGUGUUUGAAACCCAUCGUCUAAUAUGUUAAGAAGGAGGGAUAUAUUAUCUAAAAGAGGUGCCACACUUUUUAUGGGUUGAAUCAAAAUUUGAGUUCUUGCAAAGUGUCAUUCCUUUUCUUGGCUUGUAUUGUUAAAACGUUGCUCUUUGGUGCUUCAGCCGAUGUUUAAAGGCCUUUUCUCGACCAGUUUGUCCCAUGUGUAGGGUGACGCUCUUACACUAGCUUUCAUAAUUGUUUUUUGUGCAAACGUAUCACUUUACAGCUAAGAGGUUUCCUAUUUUGAUAUGUGAAUGACUAGCCGAGUAAUAGAAGUGUUUGGUUCUGCUGUGGUGAAGGAACACUGUGGUGUCUAAUGUGUUUUAAAGUUUCGGUUUGGCUUUCAGGAAGCACCCUGCAUUCCUUUGAACCGCGUCUUGCCACCUUAAGGGCAGGCAUGUGGUCUCCUUCUUUAUGUGGAUAAUACACACAGUAAAGGUGACCACUAUGGGCAUACUGCCAUACAUCUUAACAAACCUGUUUGCUCACUUUUGUCCAGAAUGAUUUGCACCCGACAGCUGCCAAACCAGCACAGAAAAAGUCACAUGACUACACUACCAAUGUUGAAAACAAAAAACAGAACUGGGUUUGUUAUUGGUUUUGCAUAGGACGCAUUUAAGAUACUUUUUUUUUUUUUUUUAGACAAUCCCUCACGAAACACUGUGCCAAACAAAACCAAUCAGACAGAAAAGAAAUAAAAACUCAAUUAGUUGUAACCUAACCCAGAUCUUCCUGUUCACUCUUUUUCCUGAUGAAGUUUGUGUUCAGCCUCGGUAUUAGUAAAUGUAUUAAAUGAUUUGCCAAGUGAAGGUACUGAACCAGCCAAUAUGACAUGUUGUGUUUUAUAGCAAAGUGAGUGAAUGAAUCUGCUUCAUGCUGCAUUUACAUGUCUGCCAUUCUCCACUCUUUUUUUUUUUUUCCCCUCCUCACUUCUUUGGACUGUGCAUUCCUUCAAUGGGUUAAAGGCACUCAAACCGUACCACUGCAAUGAGCCUGCAUUCAUGCAAAGUUAGAUGUCCGUUCAAGUGCGCUUGUUGGUACUCUGAAGUGUGUGUGUGUGUGAGUGUGUGUGUGUAUGUAUGUAUACACUUUUGAUGGCUAUUGCUUUUGCUUGAGAUCCAUUCUGAUUAGAGGGAUGGACAUACAGUGAUAUUAAAAAGCUAUCUUUGCAUCUUUCUUCUUUUGUAAAGUUGAAACACCUUAACACCUGUAUUUAGGACCACUUAAAACUUUUUUAAAAGAGUUCAAAUAAACUUUGUGUAGUGGUGUACAAAUUGAAAGUAAUGUAUUUUUGUUUUGAUUUUUUUCUCUUUUUUUUUUUAAGUAUACCAAAUGUAAAUGAUGUACAAUGAGUGUGCCAACCCCCUUUCUUUGUAAAGCCAGAUUCUUAACAAGUGCCAAUGUUGUGAAAAAUAAGAGGGCCUGUGAAUUUCAUGGUCCACUUUUUAAAACAAACACUCAAGUAUGUGAUUAAUUAAAAAAAGGACAAUUUCAUUCUAUAUUUAAGAUUAACGAUGAACUGCUGUUUUUCAAGGUAAAUGUCAUUUUAAUCGCAUGUGUUUGUCAGGUUGGGGAGGGAGUGGGUGGGUUAGAUACUGUAUUCAUGCAACACCCUCACAAAAGGGUCCUAUGGUCGGCUAUUGAUUUACAGUAUUUUAGCCAUAUUUCUAUUUUCUAUGUUUCAUUUCAACCACUGUUGCCUGAACCUCAUUCAAACAUGAAAUGAUUUUCAUAGCCUUCUCCUUUAAAUGUUUUAAAUUGGAAUAAAAUAUGUUCCUAUACUCUCUUA